GGCCGGCUGUGAUUGGACGAGGCGGGGCCGGGCCUGAGGGCGCGGCGCGGGCGGCGAUGGCCGGGUCGCUGUCGCUGUCCCUGGACGCGGCCGCGCUGGAGGUGAUGGAGGCGCUGGAGCUGCUGCAGCAGCGCCGGGAGCAGCUGGAGGAGCACCUGCGGCAGGGCUGGCUGUCCCUGGCUCAGGCCCGUUACUCCCUGGGCUGUCACCGCGUCUCGUCCCUGCAGUACGGGGCCACCAUGGUGCCCCGAGUCCGUGUGUGCCGCAGGCAGGACCCCGAGGGACGCCCCCGCUUUGAGGAGGGCUGCGGCAGCGCCGGGGAGCUCCGGACAAAGGGGAGGCUCCAGACAAAGGGGGAGCCCCGGACAAAGGGGGAGCCCCCGCCCGGCCCCCCCCCGGACCCCCUGGGUUGGUUUGGGGUCCUGGUGCCCCCCAGUCUGCGGCAGGCGCAGGGCAGCUUCCAGAAGGGGGUGACGCUGGCCGUGGAGGUGGCCGAGCUCCAGGCCACCGUGGAAGCCGCGGCCACGCGGGUACCGGCAACUCCUGCGGCAGAAACGUCACCUGGCUGGGGACAGCGAGAGCCCCCCGGGAACCGCUGGGGACACCGAGGGUGAAGCAGUGACCGCGUGACACUGAGAAGGACGCGUCCAGAGGUGACACCACCGGGACGCGGGUGACACGGGGGGGGUGACACGGGGCUGUGCUGGCCCUCCCCAGGUGACACCGUGAGCGACACGGAGGAGCCCCGCAGCCGCCUGCGGGUGACCCCGAGCCCCACACGUCCACCCCCCCGUAUGUCCCCAAUAAAUCCACGCCGCCAUCACGGGGCUCGUUCCUCA